UAAACUAGUCUGUUGUCCUGCUGCGCGCGCUCCCUAGGCUACUUCUUUUACAACCCUCUUGUCAACAUGUAUUUCUGUCACAAACGCAACCUCAGCCUCGGCUGAACCCGCCAUGUAGUGUACGUGCUCGCGCUGAGCUCUGUUGGAUAUUCUUUUUUACGGGAUCUUGCGGUUCGGGAGCAGGACAGCGCGAGGCUUGCUGCUCUGGUGUGCGGGAUUCGGUGACCGCCGGGGCGGACAGGCCACCAUGCUCCAGCCCUGGGCUGUGCACUGGAUCGCGGCUGUGCUCCUGUGUCGGGCGGUGGCGCAGUACUCCAGCGACCAGUGUAGCUGGCGAGGAAGUGGUUUGAGCCAUGAGUCUCAUCGCAGAGAUGUGGAGCAGGUCUACCUACGCUGUUCUCAGGGCUCUCUGGAGUGGCUCUACCCCACAGGAGCCAUCAUUGUUAACCUGCGGCCAAACACAGAGCCCUCAUCACGACACAUGGCAGGUCUCCAUGUGUGCAUCAAACCCCACACUUACUCCCAGGGCUCUCAUUUGUAUCUGGAGAAUAACGGGGAUCUGACGAUGCUGCUGGCAGAGCAGGAGCAGGCUCAGAGCACAGUGCACUGUUUCAGCCUGGCAGAGGGGGCUCUCUUUGUGGAGGCCGUCCCCCAGGAAGACAUCAGCCGGAGGAUCACAGCUUUCCAAUACGAGCUGGUGCCCAGUCAGGGGCCCGGGGUACACAUGUACCCGUACCUGCACCCUGGUUUAGUCACCUGUAAACCCUGUUCAGAUGAAGAAGUCCUAAUGGCUGUGUGUAGCAGUGACUUUGCUGGCAGUGGCAUCUUUCGAGGUGUAGCGUCAGGUACUAACCACCACUCCCCUGUUGUGGUGUCUCUGAGUCGGCUGUUCCGCCAGAAGAGCAGGGUGUUUGCUUGGGGUGGAGCCAGGGGGCGGGGCUGGGCUGGACGUAUCAAUGUUCCCGCACAGUGCAGUGUGCAUCCUGGAGGGGAUGAGUACCUUUUCACUGGCUCCGUCCAUUUUGGCAAAGCCUGGCUUGGCUGCGCACCUCGCUACAAAGACUUCCUGAAGCUGUACGUCAGAGCACAGAAAGCGGGAACAAACCCCUGUGAAAUCGACACAGACUGAGAGAUCUCUUCAUGGUUCACGGUGAAACAGGGUGGAGCGCUUCACAGAAAAGUCAGUAAGGAAGACGCAAAAGCAACAGGACGAGAUUUUGAAGAUGGAGUGACAUUAAGUUUGAGUCUGUCAGAGAGAUACGCAGAGUAAGGGACACCCGGCGAUCAUUAAAGGCUUCGUCUGCAGGCUCUAUUCACUGCUGUGCACAUUAUUGUUGCUUUGCAGCAGAAAAGACAGUUGGACAAUUUGAACAUUUUAGUAGCUGAGGAAACUAAAAUGUCCCCAUUUGACUGUAUACUGUGUGUGUAAAUAUGUCUGUGCAUGAGUGAGACAGCGAAUGAAUGAUGAGCUUAAAUUAAUUUAGUGCCUAACUGGUUUAUAUCCUCGUCACGACGAUACUGCUUGUGUGAUCAUUCUCGAAAUGAUUGUUUUGCUUUGUAAAAAGCUUUCUGUAGAGUUUAGGAGUCUUCUGACAGAAGUGUACAGUAUGCAGCUCUGUGAGUCUUUAUGUACUAAGUGUGCGUGUGCGUGUGUGUGUGUGUGUGUGUGUGUGUGUGUGUGUGUGUGUGUGUGUGUGUGUGUGUGUGUGUGCGUGUGUGUGUGUGUGUGCGUGUGUGUGUGUUUUGCUAAUGAGUUCAGAGGGUCUAUAUAUUUACAGAAAAUAAAAAGCCAUUGAAAGGUAUAAACU